ACGGAAGUACUGCUCCCUGAGGCUGCUGCGCUGCCGCGGUCGCUGCGUUACCCCGGAAGUUCUGCCCCUGCCCCCGCCCGCGGCAAACAUGGCGGUGGACUCGGCGAUGGAGCUGCUAUUUUUAGACACUUUCAAGCACCCCAGCGCUGAGCAGAGUUCCCAUAUAGAUGUGGUUCGUUUUCCAUGUGUGGUUUAUAUUAAUGAAGUCCGUGUCAUUCCACCAGGAGUAAGAGCACAUAGUAGUCUGCCAGACAAUAGAGCAUAUGGGGAAACAUCUCCACAUACAUUUCAGUUAGAUUUUUUCUUCAACAAUGUAAGCAAACCCAGUGCUCCUGUUUUUGAUAGGUUGGGAAGCUUGGACUAUGAUGAAAACACCUCUAUCAUCUUUAGACCUAAUUCAAAGGUAAAUACUGAUGGCUUGGUACUAAGAGGCUGGUAUAAUUGUCUGACACUAGCAAUCUAUGGCUCAGUUGAUAGAGUGAUAAGCCAUGAUAGAGAUUCUCCUCCACCACCACCUCCACCUCCACCACCUCCUCAACAACAGCCAAGUGUAAAAAGAACUCCAAAACAUGCUGAUAGUGAGAAAGAAGAGCAAUUUAAUGGAAGCCCUCCAAGACCACAGCCCCGAGGACCUAGGACUCCUCCAGGUCCCCCUCCACCUGAUGAUGAUGAUGAUGAUGAAGAACCUUUACCAGUACCAGUGGUUGGUGAAAAAGAAGAUGAUGCUCCUCAACGAGAAGAUUACUUUGAGCCCAUUUCACCUGAUCGGACUUCUGUUCAUCAGGAAGGCCAAUAUUCAGAUGAAGGUGAAGUAGAAGAGGAUCAGCAUGAAGAAGGGGAAGAUGAAGAAGAAGAUGCAGACGUUGAAGAAGAGGAGGAUGAAGAUGAGGAAGAUGGUCAUACAGUAGAGAGUAUCCCAGAGGAAGAAGAAGAUGAAGAAGAAGAGGAGGAAGAAGGAGAAGAAGAAGGAGAAGAGGAGGAAGAAGAAGAAGAAGAAGGGGAAGGGGAAGAUGAAGAAGAAGAAGGUGAAGGAGAUGAUGGCUACGAGCAAAUUUCUAGUGAUGAAGAUGGAAUUGCUGAUUUAGAACGUGAAACAUUUAAAUAUCCAAACUUUGAUGUUGAAUAUACUGCUGAGGAUUUAGCUUCAGUGCCUCCAAUGACAUAUGAUCCGUAUGAUAGAGAACUUGUAUCACUUGCAUAUUUUAGCUGUCCAUACAAGACGACUUUUGAAAUUGAAGUCAAUAGAAUGAAAGAACAAGGUCCUGAUAAAGAAAAUUCAGGAGCAGUAGAAGCGUCAGUAAAGUUACUGGAACUUUUAGAACUAUAUCAGGAAGAUAGAGGUGCAAAGUGGGUCACAGCUUUGGAAGAAGUUCCAAGUUUGAUAGUAAAAGGAUUAAGUUACUUGCAGUUCAAAAACACACAGCAAGACUAUAUCGGCCAGCUGGUAGAUUGGACAAUGCAAGCUUUGAAUUUACAAGUGGCUCUCCGUCAACCUAUCGCCUUAAAUGUCAGACAGCUAAAAGCUGGUACUAAAUUAGUGUCCUCUCUAGCUGAAUGUGGGCCUCAAGGAGUGAUGGGACUUUUACAAGCAGGAGUUAUCAGUGGAUUAUUUGAAUUGCUAUUUGCUGAUCAUGUAUCCUCUUCUCUUAAGCUAAAUGCUUUUAAAGCAUUGGACAGUAUUAUUAGUAUGACAGAAGGCAUGGAAGAUUUUUUAAGAGGUAGGCAGGACUUACAUGAAAAAAGUGGUUAUCAGAAACUUUUGGAACUCAUACUUUUGGAUCAGACUGUGAGAGUAGUCACUGCUGGUUCUGCUAUUCUACAGAAAUGUCACUUCUAUGAGAUUCUAUCUGAAAUUAAAAGACUUGGCGAUCAAUUGGCUGAGAGGUCUUCUAUUCCUAACCACAGUGAGUCUGAGCAGGACACAGACCCUGGACUUGAGAGAACAAACCCCGAUUAUGAAAAUGAAGUGGAAGCCUCUUUGGAUAUAGUUCAUCUUUUGGAAUCCUCUCUUAUAACUGAAGGGGAGAUAGAGAAGCUUAUUAACCUCUUAGAUGAAAUCUUCCACUUAAUGGAGACUGCACCUCAUACCAUGAUUCAGCCUCCUGUGAAAUCAUUCCCAACAAUAGCUAGGAUUACUGGGCCUCCAGAGAGAGAUGAUCCAUAUCCUGUCUUAUUCAGAUACCUCCACAGCCACCACUUCCUAGAAUUGGUCACCUUGCUGCUGUCAAUUCCAGCAAUAAGUGCUCACCCUGCUGUGUUGCAGGCUAUGAGAGAUGUUUUGAAGUUUCUCACACAAUCACAAAAGGGUCUUCUUUUUUUCCUCUCUGAACAUGAAGCAACCAACCUGCUAAUUAGAGCUCUUUGCCAUCUUCUUGAUCAAGAAGAAGAGGAUGGUCUCCAGUCUGAUGGUGUUAUUGAUGAUACAUUUGCCUUGUGGCUACAGUAUUCAACCCAGACUUUGCAGUUUAUUACAGAACUAUUUUGUCAUUUUCAGCAUUGCACAAACAAUGAGGAAACUGACCAUUCAGAUCUUUUGGGAACCCUUCAUAAUCUUUACCAGAUUACUUUUAACCCUGUGGGAAGAGCAGCUGUUGGUCAUGUCUUCAGUCUUGAAAAGAAUCUCCAAAGUCUUAUUACUCUAAUGGAGUACUACUCCAAAGAAGCUUUAGGGGACUCCAAGUCAAAGAAAUCGGUAGCUUAUAAUUAUGCGUGCAUACUUGUUUUGUUGGUGGUUCAGUCUUCUAGUGAUGUCCAGAUGCUAGAGCAACAUGCAGCGCCUCUCUUGAAGCUUUGUAAAGCAGAUGAAAAUAACACGAAAUUGCAAGAACUUGGCAAGUGGCUGGAGCCUUUGAAAAACCUUAGAUUUGAAAUUAAUUGUAUCCCAAACCUAAUUGAAUAUGUUAAACAGAAUAUUGAUAACUUGAUGACCCCAGAAGGAGUUGGUCUGCCAACUGCAUUACGUGUCCUUUGUAACAUAGCGUGCCCACCACCUCCUGUUGAAGGUCAGCAGAAAGAUCUGAAGUGGAACCUUGCAGUUAUUCAGCUUUUUUCUGCUGAAGGAAUGGACACCUUUAUCCGUGUUCUGCAAAAACUGAACAAUAUUCUUACGCAGCCUUGGAGGCUCCAUGUCAACAUGGGGACUACUCUUCACCGAGUCACUACCAUUUCCAUGGCCCGCUGCACACUCACUCUUCUUAAAACCAUGUUAACGGAGCUUCUCAGGGGUGGAUCCUUUGAGUUUAAAGACAUGCGUGUUCCUUCAGCCCUUGUUACUUUACACAUGCUACUGUGCUCUAUCCCUCUCUCAGGUCGUCUGGAUAGUGAUGAGCAGAAGAUUCAGAAUGACAUCAUUGAUAUCUUACUGACUUUUACACAGGGAGUUAAUGAAAAACUUACAAUCUCAGAAGAGACUUUAGCCAAUAAUACUUGGUCUUUAAUGUUAAAAGAAGUUCUUUCUUCGGUCUUGAGAGUUCCUGAAGGAUUUUUUUCUGGACUCAUUCUGCUUUCAGAGCUCCUGCCCCUUCCAUUGCCCAUGCAAACAACUCAGGUUAUUGAGCCACAUGAUAUAUCAGUGGCACUCAACACUCGCAAACUGUGGAGCAUGCAUCUUCAUGUCCAAGCAAAGCUGCUCCAAGAAAUAGUUCGUUCUUUCUCUGGCACAACUUGCCUGCCAAUUCAGCACAUGUUGCGGCGUAUUUGUGUUCAAUUAUGUGAUCUUGCUUCACCAACUGCACUUCUAAUCAUGAGAACUGUGUUGGACUUGAUAGUAGAAGACAUGCAAAGCAAUUCAGAAGAUAAAGAAAAACAGUAUACAACUCAAACUACCAGACUUCUGGCUCUUCUCGAUGCCCUUGCUUCACAUAAAGCUUGUAAAUUGGCUAUUUUGCAUCUAAUAAAUGGAACUAUUAAAGGUGAUGAAAAAUAUGCAGAGAUUUUCCAGGAGUUAUUAGCUCUAAUUCGAUCAACUGGCGAGAGUGUCAUUCAUCAGCAGUGUGUUGAAUAUGUCACGUCCAUUUUGCAGUCUCUCUGUGAUCAGGACAUUGCACUUAUUUUGCCAAGUUCUUCAGAGGGAUCACUUUCUGAACUGGAGCAGCUGUCCAAUUCUUUACCAAACAAGGAGUUGAUGGCCUCGAUCUGUGACUGUCUACUGGAAACAAUAGCCAGUUCUGAGAAUAGUUACAACUGCUUACUGACAUGUGUUAGAACAAUGAUGUUUCUUGCAGAACAUGAUUAUGGGUUCUUCCACUUAAAAAGUUCUUUAAGGAAGCACAGUAAUUCCCUGUACCGCUUAUUAAAACGAGUUGUUAACACAUUUAGUAAGGACACAGGAGAACUUACAUCUUCUUUUUUGGAGUUUAUGAGACAAAUACUCAACUCUGAUACAAUGGGAUGUUGUGGAGAUGACAGUGGUCUCAUGGAAGUAGAUGGAUCUCAUCCGUCAAGAACACUGAGUCUUAAUGCUGCAGAAUUAAAACAGCUUUUACAGAGUAAAGAAGAAAGUCCAGAAAGUUUAUUCCUUCAACUAGAGAAGCAUGUUUUGGAACAUUCUAAAGAUGAUGACAACCUGGAUUCUUUGCAGGACAAUAUAGUUGGUCUUAGACAAAUGCUGGAAUCUGCAGGUGAUCCUUUACCACUUAGUGAUCAAGAUGUGGAACCAGUACUUUCAGCUCCAGAAUCUCUUCAAAAUCUGUUUAACAAUAGGACUGCUUAUGUGCUAGCUGAUGUAAUGGAUGACCAACUGAAGUCCAUGUGGUUUUCUCCCUUCCAGUCUGAAGAGAUUGAAACAGAUUUAGAUUUGGUAAAAGUUGACCUAAUUGAACUCUCUGAAAAAUGUUAUAGUGACUUUGAUUUGCAAGCUGAAUUAGAGCGUUCCUUUUUGUCAGAACCUUCAUCUCCUGGGAGGACAAAGACUACUAAAGGUUUUAAGCUUGGCAAACACAAACAUGAAACCUUUAUAACAUCGAGUGGAAAAUCUGAAUACAUUGAACCUGCCAAGAGAGCUCACAUUGUGCCACCUCCUAGAGGAAGAGGCCGGGGAGGAUUUGGACAGGGUAUCAGACCCCAUGAUAUCUUUCGUCAAAGGAAACAGAACACAAGUAGGCCACCAUCUAUGCACGUGGAUGAUUUUGUUGCAGCUGAAAGUAAAGAAGUGGUCCCACAGGAUGGGUUACCACCACCAAAAAGACCACCCAAAGUAUCACAGAAGAUUUCUUCUCGUGGUGGGUUUUCAGGGAACCGAGGAGGACGAGGUGCUUUUCAUAGUCAAAAUAGGUUUUUCACGCCACCUGCUUCAAAAGGAAAUUAUAGUCGUCGUGAGGGAACACGAGGUUCCAGCUGGAGUGCUCAAAGUACACCACGAGGAACCUAUAAUGAAAGUAGAGGAGGGCAGAGCAAUUUUAGCAGGGGUCCUCUUCCACCACUUCGGCCACUCAGUUCUGCAGGAUAUCGUCCAAGUCCACGUGACCGUGCUUCCAGAGGUCGGGGUGGACUUGGGCCUUCUUGGGCAAGCGCAAAUAGUGGCAGUGGAGGCUCAAGAGGAAAGUUUGUUAGUGGAGGAAGCGGCAGAGGUCGUCACGUACGGUCCUUCACACGAUAAAAAAUUAUUCUUGGGAACAUUCUGAGAGCAUAGACAUUUCAUCAAGACAAUUUAAAAAAAAUUAAGGCACUGAAGGACCAAUUUAGACUUAACAGAUAUCGGGAGACAUCUGAGAGAAUAUUUUUAUCUGAAGAAAGAUUUUGUUUGAUACGAAACAUGAAAUUUCAAUAAAAAUCCAAACAUUUUUAUGUAUGGUUGCAUAUUUUCUCUUUAUAUUCUAAAGCACUUUUGAGGGAUUUCAUAGAAAAUGCAAGAUGUAUCUGAGUUGGGGCAUUAAAAAUUCUAGAAUUUUUGUUAUAAAAUAUUCUAUGCCUGUGUAAAAAGUAUUUUCCUCUGACUGGUUAAAAAAAAUUAAAACUUUUUUCUUUUGUGAUAGGAAAGCUCUAUGAAUUUGCAUUGUGUCUCAGGUUGGAACUACUAGCCUAGUUUCGAUGGGGUUACAGUUAAUACUUUGUAAUAAGGCAUAUCUUAAUGCUAUUUGGGGAGAAAUUGGAAGCAUUUACAUAUAGUAAGACAUGAACUUUAUAUUAAAAGGUAAAAUACAUAAGUUUCAAUACAAAAAUUGUAUUUUUCCCUCAGUUUUGUCACCCUGAAUCUUUCUAUCAAUAAUAUGGAGUCUUGUUAUCACAGAUACUGUUUAUUUAUCUUUGUCAACUUAAUACUUUUAAUUUUUAUAGUUGUGUGUUUGUGAGGUGAAGUAUGAAAGGAAAGGUUCUGUUUGAUAAGAAAAUGAUUGAAGGGAACAGAAGAUCACACCUUUCCUCUUAGUUAUUGCUGAGUUCUCUGAUGUCUUAGGGUGUUUAAAAAAAAAAGGUGAGUGGAAAAAUAUGAGCACUUAAAUCCAAACUACACCACAUAAUGCCUAACAUAAAUUCACUUUGUUUGUAUACAGUACAAUACCUUGCAGGGCUAAAGAUGGAAUCUUGUGAUUUAUAACAUAGGGAAGGUCUUUAAAGUGUUGCUUUUGAGAUUAUCAAAUGAGACAAAAGAAUCUGAGGUUAGGCUAAGAUGAAAGUUAAUAUGAGGUUCAAGUGGAAUGAGAUAACAGAAUCACUGAUUUGUCUUUUGGUCUUGAGUCUUUCUUGUAAUGUGACCACCCAGUGAUACUGUGCUGUAUGUAAUUGAAUCCAUAGCUAUUUCCGUUUUUUAAUAAGUGUAUUUUAAGCUAUUAUGAAAAUAUCAAAGAUAAUAAAUUGUUAAUGUAAAUUGGUUGGGGGAAUUGAAGGUGGCUGAUAUUUUGACUGGGGAGUUAAGGUCCAAAUGAGUGAUAGUAAAGAAAUGGAGGGAACUGUAAAGUUACAUUAUUGUCUUGUCUCUUGGGGAUAUGAGUAUAGGAGUACAUUAUGGUCUGCAGAAAGAACUUCUUCAACUCUGUUUUCAAUAAUUGAAUCCUUUGACAUAUCUAGAGGAGGCCUCCUCCAAGUUCAUUCCUUGUCCUUAUAGGAGGUUAUUGUUUUCCAAAAGUAGAUUUUGUUAGUGACAAAUAUACUCUGAAUAGGAAAGUAGCUAUUUACAAGGAAGCUUUUAUGUUUUCAAAGGAAUUCAGGAAAGAAAAGGUUAACUUUAGAAAUUAGUAAAUAAUACGCAUUUAUCACUGGCAUUGCUGAUGAAAAUAUUUAGAUUUUUGAAAAUUUUGUUGAUUAUAAAAAAGAAUUUAUUUUGGUAGAACAAAUUGCUCUCUUAAAGGCCCUCUAACAAAUGUCUGGAGAAUACAUUAAAAUCAUCUGAGACUUCUUGAAUGAUAGAAUAGAAUUCUAACCUGUGAUUAUAAAUAGAAAACAAGGUGUAAAACAGAGAGAUGUGGGCUCCCCAAAGAUGGCUGCCAUCCAUCCUCAUGUGGGAUGUCCAGCAUAGGGUCCAAGUGGAACAGGGCUUGCUUAUAGAUGGUGAGGCAUUCCAAAUACUCCCACUUGUAGAUGGCAUACUAAUUAUAUCCAGCUCCAGAAUACUAUAGAGCCUCCUAAAUGAGGUUCAUAUUCACUCAAGAGAAUUUGGCCCAACUAGCCACAGAUAAAAACAGGUUCAUCAGCCAACACAUACAUCUGGGACAGAUAUUGCCAACCAACAAUAAACUAGAACUGAAGAAGAGGAAGAGUAGGCUAGAUUGCUUGUAGAAUAUUGUGCUAUUUUCUGAAUAAUUUCCAGUUUUAUUCUAAACAAAGACCUAUCUUUAAAAUGUCAGCAUUGUUCUGGUGAUACUAUUAUUUUUAAACCUUUACCUUCUGACUUGGAAUCAUUUCUAAAAUAGAAGAAUGGUAAGGGCUUCACAGUUGAGAUUAACUGACUUGCCCAGGAUCACACAGAUAGAAGUAUCUGCGGCUUGAAUCCAGGGCCUCCUGACUCCAGUCCUGGUGCUCUAAUCACUGUGCUACCUAGAUGCCCUGAUACUAUCUUUAUAAAGCAUGGAAAUAUCACAAUCACUGAGGAAAGUUUCAGGUUCCCCAAAGCUUAAUGGUGGCUUUGAGUAAGUGGUAGCAUAUUACCAAUAUAAUGAUCAGAAAAGAAGCCACAUGCCAGGGUCUUUGAAAAAUGAGGGAUAGUUCAUGCAGAGGUGCUGACUUGUGUCCAUGGAACACUGAGUUCUAGAGGAAGGUCCUCAAGGACAAGAAUUACACAGGAUAAAUUGUAUAUGGAUUGAAAUCUCUCCCAUUGGAAGAAGUAUCCACAUUAAUGAAAUCACAGAUCAUAAAAGUAAGUAAUAAAAAAUGCAACAGGUAACUUUCUGUAAACACUUGUGCUUUUAAGACACAGCCAAAUUUGAGAAUUGUUUGUAUUAAUCUUUUAAGAAUAUGGAAAAGACAGCAUCUCUGAAAUGUUACCCAUCUGCUAGAAAAGUGCUAUUAGCUAAUCAUUGUAUUUAAGUUCUGGGUCAGAUCAGGUUUUUAUUGUUUUUAGCUAGUAGCAAUUGCCAAAUAUUCAGAAUAAACAGACAAAAUGUGCUCUUCAAGGAAAUAUGAUAAAGUUUCAGAUUCUAAGAGUGAAUUUCUAAUCAUGUAAGAGCACUUAAGAGAUUGAUUAGGGGACUUGUCCCAGAUAGACUAGCUUUAGUUUUUGAGGAAGUUAAUUCAAAAGGAAGGAUGAGAAAUUUUGGACAACACUAUUAAGCAGUGGCUCAUUUUUUCCUGGAAAUAAUUCAUUAAAAAUAGUUAAUAAUUAACAUCCCAAAUAAGCCUAACAUAGUUUUAGGCCUAUAUAAGGCAGAAUAGGAUGUGAUAUGGAAUACCCCCUUUUUGAAGGUGUUUUGCAAAUACAAGUUUCUUGUGGCUAGCUAGAAGAGUUUGACAUUUGCUCUGUGAGCAUAUUUUGUUAAUAGAGUCUCUUUUUGUACAUAUCAUAAUUUGAGGAAGGCUAAGAUUCCAUAAUUCUAGCUGGUUUGCAUUUGGUUAGUUAAUUUGUAAUUUUCAGAACUUCAUUUUCAUGGCUCCUUCCCUUCAAUGAGGAGGUCAUAACUCAUUCCUCCCCUUACUAAUAAGACAGGGGUUCUUAGCUUUUAUGGUGUCCUGGACCCUUUUGGCAGUCUGUCGAAAUCUAUAUACAUCUCUCCAAAUAAUGUUUGAAAAAUGCAUAAACCAAGAUACAUAAGAUUAUAAUAGAAACCAAACAAGUUCAUGGAUGCCAAGUCAGGAAACCCUGACCUAGCUGCUAGCCUUUUUAUGCUGAACAUUUUUGGAUUCAACCAGGCUGGUCCCUAGACAGCAGAUUGGCAGUUAAAAUUGCUGGGCUGCAUUUGAAUGCUUUCCCGCCCUGUAGGACUGCUUUAUCUUGCAAAUAUCUCUUGCAAGUCUCUUUUGACAUCAUGAGGCAUUAUAGUAGUAUUUACAAUGGUACAGUAAAGUUUUCAACAUACAUUGUAUUUUUAAAAUCCAGAUAAGAGAUUAGGGCUUAUUUGAGAAUGAGCUCUUGAGUUUGCUGAAAUUGAGUCAAUUGUCUUGGGAGAACUAGUGGAAGAGCCUGGGGAUACUAAGCCCAGAAAAGGUAAGAGUUAGGAGAAAUACAACAGUUGUGUUCAAAUAUUCAGGAGUACUUUCACAUGGAGGAAGGUACUGGAUUUGAUCUGCUUGGCACCAAAGGGCAGAACAGAGCAGAAAAGUAAUAGAAGUUGUAGAGUCAGAUUUCGGUUCAAUACAGGGAAAAACUUGUUGUUUAAAUAGAAGUACAGCGGGAUACCUUGGAAGGUAAUGGAUUCCCCCCUCGCUGGAAUUUUAUAAGCAGUAGGUUUUGGGGUAUAUAUUGUAACGGUUAUUACUUUUAAGAUAAUGGUUAGGCUUGAUAGACUCUGGGUUGUUAGUCAUGAAUCUAGUCUUAACUAUUCUGUAACAUUUUGACAAGUGUUUUUCAGGAGGAUCUUUUAAUUUUUUAUAAAAGCAUUUGAUCAUGGUAAAUACAUUUGGAUUGUAAAUGCUAGCAGUCCCAUUUCUCUCUAGAUCAGGUCAAAUGUUAGCAUUUUUGUAGGAUUUUUAUCUGUUUUUGUUUCAAAUUUCUGCCCCAUAGUGAAUAUGGAUUAGUACUUUACAAUAUGAAAAAGUCUUAGCACAAAACUGAAGACCAAUCUUUGUUAACAAAGUUGUAGUAGGUAUGAUAGCUUUCUUUCAUCUGUGUACAUACAAUAUUUGGUUUGUGCUUUUAUUCCAUUCACAGCAAUGGGAAAUAUGUUUUUGUUUUUGUUUUUGCGGGGGACUGGUGGGGAGGGUGGAUGGGGGAGACCUUUGUGUCUUAUUAAAGAUUUAUGAAGUGGGCAUUGAGUCAGUCAAGAAACAUUAUAUGCCAGGCACUGCUUUGAGAAAUAGACUUUGAGUCUGCUUUUGAUUGCUAUACUCGAGUUAUGACUAGUAUUUCAUGCUUUGUAGUUUAACUGUUGUAUUUCAUGUUAACAUGGUGUUCUGGAAAUGUUAUUUCUGUCCACUUUGCUUGUGGUCACUUUCUUUCCCUAUACAAAAAGUUUUGAAAUAUAUAUAUGCAUAUUAUAUGUAUAUUUUAAAAACGGAAUAAACUUUUAGGUAUUCAUCUGAAAAAGUAUUUUCUUUCUGAGAUAAAAAGACAAGUUAGUAAAGCUGAAUAUGUGAGAAUAAGAGGGCCAUCUCUUUUUUUGUAUGACUUUAAAAGUUUAUAAGUAGUUAUUAAAUCAGUGGUUGGACUUGCCAAGUAUUAAGUGGCUUCCUUGCUCUUCCUUGCAUAUGGAAAAGAGGCUUUGGGAGUUGUCAGAUUAUAGCUUUUUAUAAGCUAGGUAUAGGGCACUCAUUUCAUCCUAGGGUUUAGCAAGCCUAAUUACCCUAAAAUUCAGUUCUAGCACCUACCCCAGCAAUUUAAAAACUAAUCUCUGGGGGAAGAUUCUGACCAAAAUUAUAAUGUUCUCUUUGUAGAGCAGGGUAAACUUGAAUGUGAAGAACUGAAUCAUCAUUUAAAUAUAAUUGGCUUGUUUUGUAAUCCUUUGUAUUUUAUUUUAUGCAUUUAAAAACAUUCUGAGAAAAGGGUCUAUGACACAAAAAAGAUUAGGAAUCCCUUUUCAAUAACAUACCCAUGAUCCCCCUCAGGAUGAAUAAGCAAGGUCUCACUAGAAGGAAGCAACUGUAAGCCAUAAUCUUUCAUAAAUAUUACAAUUCAUAACUUUUUUGAGAGUUUUAAUGCAUUUGAGUUAUUUUAUUUUAAAAAUUCAAUUGGAUUAAAAAGAACUUUUUUGAAUUAAGCAUGCAGAAAAAGCAAAACAAUAACAAAACCUGUUCAAUUGUUUGUUCCAAUUCAGAACUUAGUAUUCAUAAAACAAAACGGAUUACCAGGAAGUAUAACAAAUUGAUUAUAAUUUACACCUGUGUUUUAAAUUUUAGACAUUUAAAGACCAUCACAAGGAUCCCUUUAGAUUAUAUGCCUGUUCUCUGUACAAUACAGCCCAAGAAGAUCUUUGUUUACCAUUUUAUAUGAAAACGGAGAUCUUUAUGGUAUUUUCAAAAAGCCUAUUUUAGGUGAAGUCCAGAGUGGCCCUAUUUUAUGGCAAAUUCCAUAUGAUAACUACAGUCAGGCUGUGGAGCUUUUAUAAGGCCAAGACCAUUUGCCAACAAAUGUAUUACUUCAGUACUUUUUUCUUUUUUUAACAUGGAUUCACAGUAUCAUAGAUUUAGAGCUGGAAGGGACCUUAGAGGCCACCUAUUCCAUGCAAUUUGCUCAAGGUUACAAAGGAAGUAACCAGGUUGGGAUUUGAACCCAGGUCCUCUGACUCCAAAUCUGUUCUCUUUCCACUGUACCAUGUUGACGCCUGACUGAUUCUUGUUAAUGUAUUUUAAAUAAGUAAUGUGACUUCAAUGUAAACAAUUUCAAAUAAUUUCUUAUGAACUUUUGUAACUAGUUAUGAUGAUAUUAAAGAUAUCAAAUGUUAA